AUGUCACCCUCUGAUUUCCUGGACAAGCUUAUGGGACGAACGUCAGGGUAUGACGCCCGGAUUCGACCCAACUUCAAAGGUCCACCCGUCAACGUGACGUGCAACAUCUUCAUCAACAGCUUCGGCUCCGUCACUGAGACCACCAUGGACUACCGGGUGAAUGUCUUCCUGCGGCAGCAGUGGAACGACCCCCGCUUGGCUUACCGUGAGUACCCCGAUGACUCCCUCGACCUCGACCCUUCCAUGCUCGACUCUAUCUGGAAGCCAGACUUGUUCUUCGCCAAUGAAAAAGGGGCCAAUUUCCAUGAGGUCACCACUGACAACAAGCUGCUGCGCAUCUUCAAGAAUGGCAACGUGCUCUACAGCAUUAGGCUGACGCUGAUCCUUUCCUGCCCCAUGGACCUCAAGAACUUCCCCAUGGACAUCCAGACAUGCACCAUGCAGCUGGAGAGCUUUGGCUACACCAUGAACGACCUCAUCUUCGAGUGGCUGGGGGGGCAGGGGGGCAAGUUCACCUGCAUCGAGGUGAAGUUCCACCUGGAGAGGCAGAUGGGUUACUACCUGAUCCAGAUGUACAUCCCCAGCCUGCUCAUCGUCAUCCUAUCCUGGGUCUCCUUCUGGAUCAACAUGGACGCAGCACCAGCCCGGGUGGGCUUGGGCAUCACCACUGUGCUCACCAUGACCACGCAGAGCGCCGGCUCCCGUGCCUCCCUGCCCAAGGUCUCCUACGUGAAGGCCAUCGACAUCUGGAUGGCCGUGUGCCUGGUCUUUGUCUUUGCCGCCUUGUUGGAGUACGCAGCCGUCAACUUUGUCUCCCGCCAGCACAAGGAGUUCAUGCGCCUCCGCCGGCGCCAGCGGCGGCAGAGGAUGGGCCUGAGCAGCGGGACGGCCAGCCUGGAGUCCCUGCGGCAGCUGAGCGGCCGGCACGGCGGCGAGCACACCUACGCAACGCUCUCGCAGCUCUCCAGCUCCCGGCGCCUGUGCAGGCUGACCUCAGCGAGGAGCUUCUCUCCGGGGUUUGGAGGGCAGUGCCGAUCUGAGAUGGCGUUUGGGAUCCGGCACCCGGGCUGCGUCAUCUACAGCCCCCCCCCAGCCAGCGUGCUGCUGCGGGAAGGGGAGAGCCUCCACAGGCGCUACAUUGACCGGGCUAAGCGUAUCGACACCAUCUCCCGAGCCGUUUUCCCCUUCACCUUCUUGGUCUUCAAUAUCUUCUACUGGGUUGUCUACAAAGUGCUGCGCUCAGAGGACAUCCACUCGGUGCCCUGA